AUGUCCCACACCGCCUUCUUCUACGGCACCCUGAUGGCCCCGCCCGUCCUGCACCGCGUCAUCUGGGGCUCGCAAGACCCCCCAACACCCGCCCACGCCUCGCUCCUCCGCAUCCGCCCCGCCAUCCUGCACGCGCACCAGCGCCACAAAGUAAAACACGCCGACUAUCCCGCCAUACUGCCUACAUCCACACCCUCCAGCGUGCGCGGCACGCUAGUCGAGGGUCUGACAGACGGCGAUAUAUGGCGCCUGGAUGUCUUUGAGGGCAGCGAGUAUGCGCGGCGGAGCGUGAGUGUAAACGUGCUUGCAGACGAGGGAAAAGAAGAGGGUAACGUUGAGGACGAGCAAGUGCAGGCUGAGACGUAUAUCUGGAUAGCAGGCGCGGAUCGAUUGGAAGCUGAGGAGUGGGAUUUCAGCGAGUUUGUCAGGGAGAAGAUGAAGCGGUGGGUUGGCGACGAGGGGGCGCAGGCGGAUGAGGGGUUCCAGGGUAGGCGUGGCACUGACGGUCGGUAUACUUAA